UGCUUGAUAAAGAACUAAAGAACGAUAAAGAAUUAAAGGUGCGAAGGUGCUGGGUGGUAUCGGCACUUUGCGUCUCGAAAUGCUCUAUUUUUAUUUAUUAAGUUGGCUAGCGACAGUUAUUCAAAUAUGUUUUAUUAUACUGGCAGUGGCUGCCGGGCUUUACUACGUUGCGGAACUCGUGGAGGAGUUCACAGUAAUGACUGGGAAAAUAAUUCGGAUACUGAUCCUGCUUACACUUGCCGUGUACGCCGGACUGUUCGUCUUCGAAGACCUGCCACUGACAAUGAUUGGGUGUGGUGUACUUAGCCAAGUGAUGCACUUGCUCGUGCUGCGCUCGUUCCCUUUCUUCAACUUGUACUCUGUUCCUUUCUUAUUAGCGUCAGUGCUCGUCGUAGUGAACCACAUUCUUGCAUUCAGCUUUUUCUCUGGCAAGGUGUAUGCUUUCAGCGAGGUGCUUGCAUACUUCACCAUCUGCUUGUGGCUGGUUCCAUUUGCAUUUGUGGUCUCCUUGAACGCCAACGACAGUGUGCUUCCCACCCUUGCGGAGAAGCGGCCACUGUUGAAUGAUGACAAUGACGUCGUGUCGAACUACUUCUCACAACGCAACAAGCGUUAUGGUCUCCUGUUCUUCUUCAACAAGGCAAAAGAGUCCAUCCUGCCUCAGCGCAUCAAGAAAGUGUUUUAGGUGGUUUGCCAAAUGGUGCAGCUUCAUGGACGCUUGGGUGCCAUCUUCGGAGGUGUUCCCUUCUUUAUGUACAUACACACACUUUGACUGCUAGUUUGUGUGACUGUGAGUGUGUGCAUCCAUUUUUAUGCAAGGUUAAAUUAAAACUUGCCUGCACA